AUGGAGGCGCUGCUCCGCCCGAGCUCCAGCGGCAUCUCGCCAAAGAUCAGCACGAUCCUGCAGUCGCACGUGUACCCGCGGUUCGGCCGCGUGCUGCGCGCCCUCGCCCGGGUCAAGUCCGCGCUCCUCGACGCCCUCGGCAAGACCAAGUGGGGCACGCGGCGGCGGCGGAGGAAGCAGCUGCAGCAGCACCGCGCGAAGAAGAGGAGGAGCAGCAGCAGGCAUGGCGGCGGCGGUUUCGCGAAGAGGCCGCCGCAUCUCACCUGGUCCGGCGGCGGCGGCCUGUCGCCAGCUCGGACCGCGGCCGAGAUGGCGCUGGACGUGGACUACCACGUGUACCCGUCCUACGAGUCGGUGUGGAACGCGGUUGUCGUCCCCGCGACGGCGGCGGCGGCGGCUCCCGGCGAGUACUGCGGGUACCUGCGCUGGCUCGAGGAGGAGAUGCCGGACGAGGUGGUGGUCGUGGAGGAGGACGACGACGAAGGGGAGGAAGACGACUCCGACGUCGACGGCGCCGCCGCCGGCGGGAACGAGAUCGACCGGCUAGCGGAGCAGUUCAUCGCGAGGUGCCGUGCCAACUUCUUGCUGGAGAAGCAGGAGUCGUACGACCGGUGUCAGGAGAUGAUCGCCAGGAGCCUCUGA